AUGCGUUGGUCUUCCUUCUAUCAAACAGCCUCGAGGGUUUUUCAUGAGAAUCCGUCUUGGUCCAAGUCUGUUGUUGUAUGCACUGUCAUCAGUGGAGGUCUAGUGGCAUAUUGUGAUGCUAGACCAGACUAUGGUGUUGAUCAAAGUGCAAAAAAGAAGGUGGUGGUGCUUGGAACUGGUUGGGCUGCAACCAGUUUUUUGAAAAAUAUGAAAAGCUCCUCCUAUGAUAUUCAUGUGGUUUCACCACGCAACUAUUUUGCAUUCACUCCUUUGCUACCAAGUGUCACUUGUGGCACAGUGGAAGCACGGAGCAUUGUUGAACCGAUUCGCAGUAUUUCCCAAAAGAAUUCUGUUCAACAGAGUGGUGUAAAUAUUCAAUUCAGUGAAGCUGAAUGCUAUAAGAUCGAUCCCAAAAACAAUAAAGUUUACUGCAAAUCUGCUAAUGACAAACAGCUGGGUGCCCCAGAAGAAUUUUCUGUUGAUUAUGAUUACCUGGUAAUAGCUAUGGGAGCCCGUUCCAAUACCUUUAACACACCCGGUGUUCAGGAGCAUGCCCAUUUCUUAAAGGAAGUGGAUGAUGCUCUAAGAAUCCGUCGAAAGGUGGUUGACCUUUUUGAAAGAGCAAGCCUCCCUUCGUUACCAGUGGAAGAGAAGAAAAAGCUUCUCAGUUUUGUAGUUGUUGGUGGUGGCCCAACUGGGGUGGAGUUUUCAGCUGAACUUUAUGAUUUCGUACACGAGGAUAUUGCUAGAUUAUAUCCUUCUCUUAAAAAAUAUGUGAAGAUAACUCUUCUGGAGGCAGGCGAUCAUAUCUUAAACAUGUUUGACAAGAGAAUUACAGAGUUUGCUGAAGAAAAGUUCUCCAGAGAUGGCAUUGAUGUGAGGUUGGGAUCUAUGGUUGUCAAAGUUAGUGAAGAUGAAAUCUCUGCCAAAGAAAGGGGAAGUGGUAAAGUUGUUUCUAUACCUCAUGGAAUGGUAGUUUGGUCAACAGGUAUCGGUGCUCGCCCUGAAAUGCUUGAAUUUAUGAAGCAGCUUGGCCAGAUUAACAGGCGUGCAGUGGUCACUGACGAAUGGCUAAGGGUGGAAGGAUGUGACAACAUCUAUGCUCUAGGUGAUUGUGCCACUAUAAAUCAACGUAAAGUUAUGGAAGAUAUAGCAGUGAUAUUUAGCAAGGCAGACAAGGGCAAUUCAGGAAGGUUAGAUCUUAAAGAAUUUCAAGACGUUGUUGGUGACAUUAUUGAGAGGUACCCACAAGUGGAUAUUUAUCUGAAGAAGAACCAAAUGAAAGAUUUGGCCAGCUUGCUAAAGAAGACUGAAGAAAGCUCUCUUACGGUGGACAUUGAAUACUUCAAAGAUGCUCUUUCCAAAGUAGAUUCUCAGAUGAAAAAUCUUCCUGCAACAGCUCAGGUAGCUGCUCAACAAGGAGCCUAUCUUGCUGACUGUUUCAACCGCAUGGAGUUGUGUGAGACGUAUCCUGAAGGCCCUCUCAGGUUCAGGGGAACUGGACGCCAUAGGUUUCGUCCCUUCAGGUACAAGCAUUUUGGACAAUUUGCUCCUCUAGGAGGAGAACAAACUGCAGCUCAGCUUCCAGGUGAUUGGAUUUCAAUUGGUCAUAGCACCCAGUGGCUCUGGUAUUCGGUAUAUACGAGUAAACUAGUAAGCUGGAGAACAAGGACUUUGGUGGUAUCUGACUGGGCAAGGCGAUUCGUAUUUGGAAGGGACUCAAGUCGAAUCUAA